GUGCACAGCCAUAAAAGGUGUGACCAGGGGCACCUCAGGCUCACCAAACCCCAGAGCUGCCAUCACCAGAAUGAAACUCUUCUCACUGCUCCUCUUCUUUCUAGGACUGGCCCUUGCCAGCUGCAAAUUGGACCCGUUUAAAGACAUGAUUAAGAAAAAGACUGGGAAAUCAUGGGGAGCUUACUUUGCAUACGGCUGCUCCUGCGGCUCGGGGGGAUCCAAACAGCCCCUGGAUGCCACUGACUGGUGCUGCCACGCCCACGACUGCUGUUACAAAAACUUGGUUUCUGACGGCUGCAAACCCAAAAAGACCAAAUACGAAUAUGGAUUCCUAGGAGACCAAAUAAUCUGCGGAGCUGGGAAUUCAUGUGAAAGAGGGACCUGUCUGUGUGACAAGACAGCAGCUGAGUGCUUCCAGAGGAACCUCGGCUCCUACCGCAAACUCUACAGCAUCUACCCCAACUUCCUGUGCAAGGGCAAAACACCCUCCUGCUGAGCACACCUGCCAGGCUGGAACCAAGAGACACCAUUGGAACUGGGGGGUUCUCCUUCCCUGUGGCACUAAAAAGGUGUCCACACCUUUCCCCAGAGCCUUAGCACAG